GUUUCUUCCCGGCGCUGGAAGCCCAGCCCAGGAAAUUCUUCCGGGCAGCCUCUCAAGCCCCUCUUUGUGCUCUUGGGAUUUUUAACAUUCCCGGCGGCUGCGGAUGGGGUGCCCGGUGCCGGACGGGGUGCCCGGUUCCAGAUGGGCUGCCCAGCUGUCCCAGGCUGUGGUGGGAUGGGUGGGAUGGGAUCUGGUGUGGAUUUAGGGGAUGCGGCUGCCUAUUCCCACCCAUCCCAUCGGAGCCAAGGGCUGCGCCGCUCACCGGGGUGCCAUGGGGACCCCGUGCCACCCCCGGGGGAUCCUCAGCGUCCCUUACCGGUGUGAAUUUGCUGUGGGAUGAAGGACUGGGGCUGCUGUCCUCGCUGGGUGUCGGAUCCUGCUGUGGUGAGCAGCAGAACCCGUCCCUCGCUGCCACAUCCUCCCCUCCAAACCCCACUGGCUCGGCUCUGCCAGGCCACAGCGCUGGCCUUGCUGCCAAGGCGUCACCGAUUUCCUGCCUUGCUCCAGCUCCUGGGAACGACCUUGGCUGUCUCAGCUGCACCGCCGGGUGCCUGGGACCCCCUGGCCCCGGGGGAGGAAGCCACCAGCCUUGGGGGACAAGAGGAAGCGGCGGUGGCUGGUGACACCCUGCGAGGACCUGGGUCCCCUCCCCGGAAGGAAAGCGCUGCCGGCGCUGGGGACCCUCAGGGUGCAGCGGGGACAGGGAGGCCCACGUUGUGUGGUCUGUGGGUAGGAGGAGGGGGGCUCCCCUCUGCCUCAUCCCCUCGGCGCCCGGGAUCGCUGACACCUCGCUCCUGCCCACCCAGAGCCGCCGCUGCCAUGCCGGUGACAGUGACACUGCCCGGCCCGGCCCCGUGGGGCUUCCGCAUCUCCGGCGGAAGAGAUUUCGGGAAACCCAUCACCGUCUCCAAGGUGACGGAGCACGGGAAGGCGGCCACGGGUGACCUGCGGCCGGGGGACGUCAUUGUCACCAUCAAUGGGGAGAGCACGGCUGAGAUGCUCAACGUGGAGGCGCAGAACAAGAUCAAGCAGAGCCCCGGGCAGCUCCGGCUGGAGGUGGAGAGGUCCCCGGCGCCAUCUCCCAGCCACACCAACGGGGACACCUCGCCAGAGAGGUUGGCCACGCGCUUCCAGGACACGCUGUGGAUGCGGAGUGAGAGCCAAAGUGCCCUGAGAACCCUCGAUCCCAGCCUGGCAUCCCUCACCCAUCCACCUGGCAGUGCCAGCUCACAGCCCUUGGAGCAGGAGUUCACCUGUCCCGGCCUCUGCCAGGAGCGACGCCUGAGCCGCCAGAGCAGCUCCCAGGGACCCGUCCUGCCUCCACCCCCACGCCCACCCUCACCGGAGCUCGGAGCCCCCCAAAACCCCUGGGCAACCCUCAGGGAGAGGCGCCUCUCCUCCCCCUCUCCCAGCACCUGCCACAGCCAGGGCUCGGAGCCGGCCAUGAGGCGCUUGGAGGAGGACUCGGAGGUCUACAAGAUGCUGCAGGAGAACCGGGAGCUGCGGGCGGCCCCGCGGCAAUCCAGCACCUUCCGCCUGCUCCAGGAGGCUCUGGAGGAUGAGGAAGGAGGAGGCCCCGCAGCCCCCUUCCCCAGCCGGCUCUCGGCCGGUGCCCGCAAGCCCGUGGCCGGGGUGCAGAAGCUGCACGUCUGUGAGAAGUGCGGGAGCAGCAUCGCGACACAGGCGGUGCGGAUCCAGGACGGCCGCUACCGGCACCCGUCCUGCUACACCUGCGCCGACUGCGGCCUCAGCCUGAAGAUGCGCGGCCACUUCUGGGUGGGGGACGAGCUGUUCUGCGAGAAACACGCCCGCCUGCGCUACCAGGGACCCCCGGGGGGGCCCGUGCCCCGCCCUGUGUCCCCCCGCUCCUGAGCCCCGGCCACCGGCGCCGCGCGGUGGGGUCACCCCAGCAUCCCCCGUGCCCCCAGGGCUGUCCCACCCCACUGCGGUAGGGCUGGGCUGGGGGGCUGAGGUCGCUGCCAGGCUGGGGAUGGAUGGGAUUUGGGGAGGGGGAUGUGGUGCAGCCGCCCCCUUUGUGGGUGUGUGUGAUGAGCUGGGUGAGUUCUCAGCCUGGGGACAUUGGGGGCGGGGUCGCUUGAGCACUUGGGUACUGGAGGGGGGCUGGCACCGCUUGUGCACUGACUGCAAAGGGCUUCUCCGAGGAAUUAAAGCAGAUUCUCUUUAAAU